AUGAGUGAUAUUAUUCCGUCGAGGACUAAAUCUACACCUGCGACACAAUUAAACUGUAAUGCUCCUUCAUUUAAAAAGCAGAAGAGAGUUGAACAACCAAUUGCCGUUAAACCAAUAAACGAAGAAGGACCAGAUAUUAUUAAACAGAAAAGACAAGAAACAAUCGUUACCCCAACAGCAACACCUAUAGCCCCUGAGAUAUCUCCAAUAGCUAAUUCAAUUACAAUUGAAAAAUUAGCUUUAUCAAAAACAUGGAAAAGAAGUAAACCUAUUGAACAUAACAUUAUGAAAAACGAAAAAACUACUGGAGCAACAAAACAAAUAGACAAAAAAGUAAACUUAGAAGGAGACGAAAAAAAAAGCUCAGGUUCAUUUAAAUUUAAACAAGAAAUAUUAGAAAAUGCAUGCUUUGUUAGAAGAAAGAAAGAAAAUAAGGAAGAAAAUAAAACCACCUCUACUCAUUUAAUUGACGAGGAACUUCAACAAAAUGAAAAAAAAAUCAUCAAAGAAAAAAAUAAUCCACAAAACGAACAACCAACAAUGGAAAAUCAAAUACUUAUAACUGAAGGAAACUCCCAGAAAGAAGAAGUGAAAGAAGAACCAAAAAAAGAAAUGAAAGAAGAACCAAAAGAAGAACCAAAAGAAGAAAUGAAAGAAGAAAUGAAAGAAGAGGUGAAAGAAGAUAUUAAGGAAAAAGCAGAAGAAAAGAAACCUGAAAGUAAAAAGGAAAAGAGAAAUAAGAAAAGAAGUUAUAAACGUGAGCAUGAAGAAGAACAAAUAGAAGAGCAGGAAAUUAUUGAAAUUCCUCCUGAAGAGGAUGAGUGGAAACAAGUUGACAAAAGUGGAAAAAUCAGACCUGUUAAAGACAAAAAAGGAGAAUCAAAAAAACAACGUAAAAAGAAAGAAGAAGAAGAAAAGAAAAAGAGAAAAGAAGAGGAAGAAAGAAAGAGAAAAGAAGAAGAGGAGAGAAUUAAAAGAGAAGAAGAAGAAAGAAAGAGACAAGAAGAGGAGGAGAGAAUUAAAAGAGAAGAAGAAGAAAAAGCAAGAAAAGAAGAAGAAGAAGAAAAAGCAAGAAAAGAAGAAGAAGAAGAAAAAGCAAGAAAAGAAGAAGAAGAAAGAAAGAGAAAAGAAGAAGAAAUCAAAAAUAUAUUUACAAGGACAUUAAAAGAAUCAAAGAAUGAAGGAGGGAAAAGAUAUAAUUUAAGUGAAAUGGAAAGUUAUAGAAAGUGUGCAGUCAAAUUACCAGAAGAUGUUAGAAAUCGAUUUAAUCUUAUUUAUCAUGAAACAGUUGAAAGAAUAGAAUUUUCAAAAAGUAGAAAUGAACCUAAACCAAUUACAUUAUUUUCGAGUAUGUUAGAUGAGAGUCAAAAGAAAUUGUCAAAGAUGUUAGUAAUAUUAAAUCAAUUAUCACAAGAAACGAAUUUAGAAGAAGCAGCAAAAUCAUUAAUAUAUUAUUUAAGAAGUGAAGAAGACAUUAAAAUAUUUAUUACACAAUUUGUUAAACGAUGUGUUAAUGAAAACAAAUUUUGUAAAUUAUAUGUACGAUUUAUUCAAACACUUCGACAACAAGUAGGACUAACACAAAAUGUGGCACAAGGAGCAACAAUAUUAAGUAGUGCAUUAUUAGAGAAAGCAUAUGACUAUUUCCAUAAAUUACCUGAGCCAAAAGUAAUUCGGGAAGGAAUGAGUCAACAAGAAAUAGAAGAAUUAAAAGAAGAAGAAUCUAUUGAACAAGUUGAAUAUCGAGGAACAGUUAAUUUAAUAGCAAAUUUAUUUGAAUUAGGAUUAGUUAAUGAACGUCUACCAUUAACAUGUUUACAAGAAUUAUCAAAAGAUGUGAAUGAUAUGAAAAUUGAUGCAUAUAUUACAUUAUGUUCUAAAGUCGGAGAAAAGAUGAUGAAUAGCGAUAAUACAAGUCCAAUAUAUGGAGAAAUUAUUGAAGUCUUUAACAAAGCAAAAGAAUUAGAAAAGAAUAAAAAACUAAGUAAACGAAUUAGGCUAUUAUUAAUGAAUAUUAUUCAAAUGAUGGAAUCUGGUUGGACAAUCUCUCCAUUUAUUUCUCUUCAAUCCACACCAAUGCCACAAACCCCAAGUCUCACUUCUUCUGCUACACCAUUAGGAAAUCCAACUGAUAACUCAAUGGUUUCAACUCAUCACAAAAUGAAAAAAGAAGAUAUUUCUGUACCAAAAGCAUCAAUCAAGUACUCUUCAAAAUAA